UCAUGUGACUGCAAGUUGCACGUGACAGUUGUUGGGUAUUGUUAUUAUAAAUUUGUAUUUGAUCAAAUUAAUGCACAAACACCCCAAAUGUUUUUCUUGGAUAUUUCAAGAAUGUGGCUAAAGGAAUUCAUGAUGUGUUACAACCUUGUACCUUUUGUUAUGGGUUUGCGUUAAGUCAAGCAUUUCUGUUUAUUCCUUAAUUUGUUUUUUAAAUUUCUAAAGGAUGGCUUUAUUGGCCCGUCUCUUUUCUCCAAGGAAAACCUACAACAAGGAAAAGCAUUCUGACCCUCCAAAACAGGAAUCCAGACCUUUUGGAUUCUCCGUGGACACAAACAACGUCAGAGUGUUAUUAUUCCGAGAAUGUGAUUGGAGAGGAAGGAAACUUCUGUUUGAUUCAACUUCUGUGGAAAAAAUUGCUCUUGAUCCCAAAGUACCUCUUGCUCGGCCGAGAAGUAACUCAAGCGACAUGGUGGUGGAAGUCUCUAAUGGUUAUGGUUACAAGUACAAGAAGCCCCCUACUGACACUAACACACUUGGUGAGAUGAUUUUUGGAUCCAUUGCAAUGGUAACUCGAGGGUCUUCAAUCAAAAUCCACGCAAUGAAAGAUCCUUCAAGACUCAUGUUCAGUAAAAUAAUUCAGGCUCCAAGAUCGGGUGUAAGAAAGAGGCAAGUAAGCGAUGACAAAACUCUUGACGAUUCUCAAAGCAGCUCUGUAAAUUCUAUGGGAGAGUUUAACAGUGGAUCAUUUGGUUCAAAAUCAGUAGGUUCGGUGGAUGACAGCGGGUUUAUGUCCCUGCCGCUGAGUGACGACUGGCCCAAACAUCUCAGCCCGUCUCAACAUUGCGGAUGUAGUAGCUGUCCGCUCCAUCCGUCAACGAUGUCUCUUGGAAACGAUAGCAGUAGUUCGCUGCAGUCAGGUGGCAGUCUAUCUAGUCUUCGGCGUCGCUGGGUUCGCAGUGUUGCCACAUCGCUAAAUCUAGAUGAUCCUGCACAACCAGUGUUGCCAAGUGGGAAGCGUACAAAACUGGGUAUCUCCCUGAUCAUCCCAUUGUCUCAGUCAAAUAUACCAGAGAUGGAACAGUUCUUGCUGGACCGAUUACCGCUAGUCAACAACAUUUUGACGAGACUGCAGCACAGCACGGAGAGGGCGUACUGUCGCAGGGAUGUGUUUGUACAGAGCAUGCAUCAGGCCACGCAGCAUGCCAUACAGAGCGUCAGUUCACUGGUGGGAGGUCCGCGACUGGAUCGUCCGUUGUGGUUGACAAUGACUGAUGAUCGGACAGACUCACGUUGCAAGGCUGACUUGGAGCAACGACUGGUGUCUGACCUCAAACAUCUGUUGGCAGAACUGGACACCAAGCAUACCAACUUUUUCAUCAGCACUCUGUUGACUGCCGUGCUGACUCAUCAUCUAGGCUGGGUGCCGACUGCAAUGCCUGAUAUUCCGCUCAACACAGAACCUUCGCUGACUGAGCUGUCUAAGAACCACCCCUACAAUCAGCUGUGGGCUCAGUUGAGUGAUCUGCAGGGUGCGUUGGGUUACCCUCCCAAGAUAGCCAAGACUGUGGUUCUGGGCAAGUCAGAGGUGCUGAUACAGCAGCUACUCUCGGUACUGAGCUACUUCAUACGCUGCGGACACGUCAAGGCAAUGGACCAGCAGCGAGAAGUACCUCCUGGGGAAGAAAACCACCUCGAGGAUCUGCUAGAAAGUAGUCUUGAGAACUGUUCGUUCGACAAAGACGCGAUUAGAGAGUUCAGUAAAGCCGGGUCACUAGACGAUACAGAGUCAUCGUCGUCAACAUUGACAAAGUGUAAAACCAUGUUGAGCAUGAAGACGUUCUCUGUAGUCGACGCUGAUGCAGACAACGCAAACAGCAUUGAGAGUGGCUUUGAAUCUUGCAACGAGUUUUCUGGCGAAAGCUACGAGGACGGAAAUAAAAUUAUAAAGUCAAUGAACUCUUUAGGGUCAAAGUUUGGCAAAACUAAAAGUACAGCUAAUUUGAUGGAGACGUCCUUUUCUCAAAAUACAAUAGCAGAUGGAAAGAAGUUGCACAACGGGGUGAAAAUGAGCUUGGAUUCGACAGAGUCUUCUUUUAUAAAAUGUAUUGAAACCAAUCACAGUGUGUUUGUGAAAGUUGAAUCGGAAAAACAAUUUACAUCACCUCUCGUGCUAGAUGCUAUGAAUAAAACCAAUUCCAAACUCUCGCUCAAACGAGAUAAUGAGAAAAGUAAUUCUUUCAUAAAAGAAAAUUUGAUUCAGGCUGAUCUUAGAGAGUCUGAAGAUAAAGCAAGCAAGGUCGUUUUCGUCUUGGGAGAGAACGAGGAACUGGUUAAUAUCAAAGGGCAGGAUGAAGCUAACGUGCCAGAGUUCUUCACAUCACCGUCAACAACAUCCAACAGCCUACAUCCGACUCCUCCGAUUAUAUUGGUCAACGAUGCUGAUGCGGAAACUCUAAAUAUUGGAGAGAAAAAUGAGUUUGUCAGUGGAGAAGUUAGCAGUAGAGUGGUGGUAAGUCACUCAACCUCUAUACAGUUAGAAGAUGUCUGUGAGUCAAAGACGUUAAGGCCGUUACAACGACCUCGCUGUCUAAGUGCUCCUGAGGAAGUUGCUAUAGAAAAGAACUGGACAAAGAGAAGAAGAAGAAGUAAAGGGAUGAUUCAGAUUAUUAGGAAGUGGUUCAGUGACAGUGCUAUUGAGAGGAUGUCUAGUAAACCAAUGUGUGCUUUAGUUCCUAGUGUAAAUACUGAUAGUAAAUUAAAAGUAAAUGUUUAUUCAGACGCAGAAGUGUUUAGGACUAGUAACAGAUCUUUGAAAGAUUCUGUUGUAGACACAAAAGCGAGUGUUGAAAACUUGAUUGAUAGUAGUUAUGAAAUCCCCCAAGUGAUUGUGGAGAGCUCCACAGUUUCUUCAGCUGAGGAGUAUCUCGAACUACCAUUUUCAAGCUCUGUGGUAGACGAGGGAAGGCUGGUGAGUGUAGCGAGCUCCAUGUUUGGCAGCAUCAGUGAGCAGUACAGCCCUGAGUUGGUGCUGCAGGGACUGCCAAGAGUGUCUCCUGGCUGGCUGACAGACCUCAGACAUUCACUGGCUCUGGAGGCUCACAGCAUGGAGGACGGGGACAGAGAAGAAGUCGUCUGUAUCGUGGCCAAUGUAGACACUUGUGAAGUGUUGCUGGUAUCUAGUCAUUCGGUGAGGUCAGAACCAGGUGUGAGGGUGGGGAUGUCACAGUUAGUAGCCAACAUGUUGGAGACUACACAGCAUCUUUGUGCACUAUCUAUACCUGCGCCAGUGUGUCUAUCUCACCUGGAGACCAAACUACAAGAGUUAUGUGUUAGAAGUCAAGCGUUAGCUGAACUGCUGCUCUCUGCUGAGUUUCUAGACAUGGCGUCUCUCACUGCCACACUCGACCUGGACGCCAACGAUGUUCCUCUUCUGCUCUCCGUCGCGUCGGCUCACACGCCGAGUGUUACACAGAAAUAUGGUCUUUCCUACCAGUAAUGUUAACUUAACCUUAACAGUAAUUUGAUCUGUUUUUCUUUUUUAUUUCUAAAUGAAAGUAACUUUUUUUAGUUACUUUUCUCAAAUUUAUUAACUUGUUUAUGUUUAUUAGUUGUUAUGGGAACAUAGAGUCAGCUUCAUGACUUCAAAAUAGUUGGACGUAUUUCCUAACCUUGUGGUAUUCAAGAGAGCUGGUUUAAUUUAUUUCUUGAAAUAUUGCAGUUUGACACUGUACAAAAAAAUACUGGUGGAUUUUGAUAGCUGUUUUCCAGCCUUUGGUCUAGAGGUUUUAGGUAACGCAAUUGAGUUCCAACUCAUAGUAAAAUAACUGGUUUUAUGUUUACUUUGAAAUGUUUAUAAUUUUCUUACAAAUUUUCAUAGGAUAAGUAAUGGAAAAAAAGAUCACGAGGUGGCCGUCUGAUGAUACAGGUUUUAUUUGUUGUUCUUAAUUACUGGAGUGGCGUCAUAUGCAGAAGCUAAUUUUAUUUGUUGUUUAGUUAAACACAUAAUUAUAGUACAAGGUGUUUAAAGUUUGAAAAUGCUAUUUAAAGUACUAAAUUAUGAGAUUGCAUGAUGAGAAAAUGCUAUUCACAUUUAUUUAUGUUAGUAAAGUCUGUCACACUAUUCUCAAAUUGAUCAUGUUAGUGAAUGAUAAAGUACAGAAAUUAUUUUGCUGUUAAAUUUCUAAAUGUUUAACAAUUUUGCUGUGCAAUCAGACAGUUGAAUAUUUGCUUUGUCUCUAUAGAAUGUUGAUUUAAAACAUUUAAAAUAUGAAUUUCUUUCUCAGCAUCAUAUUUUAUCACUUUUCAUUGGAAAGUAGACCUAUUUAUUAUUUAAU